GAAAAAUCUAUGAUUGACAUGUUCAGAUAUUCUGUCAUCCCUUGCCUUUACCGCUUCGUUGUUGAGGCGAGCACGUUUUCUUUUCGUUCAAAGCUAGAACGAGUUUUAUAUUGCUGACCUAAAAAAGUAACCAAGAUGCCAAGGGAAAUUACAGAGAUCAAGGAGUUCCUCCUAACAGCCAGAAGGAAAGACGCUAAAAGUGUUAAGAUAAAGAAAAAUGUUUUAAACACCAAAUUCAAGGUGAGGUGCAGCAGAUUUCUGUACACCUUGGUGAUAACGGAUAAGGAGAAGGCUGAAAAAUUGAAGCAGUCCCUCCCACCAGGACUCCAAGUUAAAGAAGUAAAGUGAAUUAAGUUGUGAAUACCUUACAAAUAAAAUGUUAAUCAAA